GAGCACCUGAACGCAGCGCCAGUGUUGGGGCUCUGGAUUGAGGACGUAGCACAGACACAGCUUCAUCUACUUCAGGGCACCGACGCUUACACCACAGGAGGUUGUUUAUCCGCGGCUGUUGUUUUAUCCUAACAAACAUCAUAAUGGACGGACAUGUUUGCAACAUCCAGGUGCUUCUCCGGGCUGCUGAGUUCCUGGAGAGGAGAGAGCGGGAGGCAGAACAUGGAUAUGCUUCCCUCCUGCCCAUCAGUCCAGAUCACUCUGACAAAAGAAACAAACAGAAGAGCAAGAAGAUCUCUGCAGCUGGUGGCAAUAGGUCAGUUCACAACGAGCUGGAGAAAAACAGGCGAGCUCAGCUGAGGCACUGCCUGGAGCAGCUCAAGAAGCAAGUUCCUCUGUCGUCUGACUCGAUGAGGAACACCACGCUCAACCUGCUGAGACGAGCCCAACUUCACAUAAAGAAGCUGCAGGAGCAGGACGAGCGUGCGGAGCAGCUGAAGGGCCGCCUGCGCUGGGAGCAGAGAGAGCUGCGGGUUCGGCUGGAGCAGCUGCAGAGAGGAACGGAGAGGAUGAGGAAUGACAGUCAGGGGUCCACCAUGUCGUCCGAGAGGUCGGACUCCGACAGAGAGGACGUAGAGGUCGACGUGGAAAGCAUCGUGUUCGACUGUGUGGACUCUGACGGACUGAGCAUUACGCACACAGGUGCAGACCACUGUUACUCCAGCAUGGACAAAGCCUGGCUAUGACAGCAUCAAACCUACGGUAACUCAUUAAAUGUCACCUGGAACAGGACGAGGAGGAAAACAUUCCAAAAACAAAACAAAACAAACAAAAAAAAAAAAAGCCAGCGGAGGAAGAGGGAGAAUGGAGGAAGAUGUUAGUGUACAACUGAACACGUUUUUUCUCCCAGAGGAAGUAACUUGACAUUCUCUUUUCAACAUAUGUCAGACAACAAGCUAAAAGAUAACGUCAUGAAUGAGCUGUGUCCAUUUGCACUGAAUAGCAGUUAAAAUCACUGGGCUGGGAUGGAUGUAACAUUACGCAUGUAUGUAUUUUCUGGCAUCAACCGUUGGUGGCAUUACUUUGCGAAGCUGCAGGGUGUCUGUUACUCACAAUGACUCAAACAGUUCUUCUCAUUCAUCUUUAAGGGCUUUUAAAAAUCCAAAUAAGGGCUUUUUUUUAAAAUUCAAACCUCUUAACUUAUUCUUUACUACAGUAUGUCUACGCUGAAUUCUGCCUUAAAUCAGAUUUGGUCUAGUAUUCCAUACAGCUUUUUCCUUUAGCACUAAGUCCGUAUGUCACGUGUAACACGCACUUAAACAUUUAAUCUGUGCUUAUUAUUGUUCUUUUAUGUAACUUCAGUAAUGUAUUUUUCUUCUGUUGCACAAAACGUCCACACGUAGCACUUGUCGUGUUUCAAAAAGAUCAUGGGUAUAUCAAAAUGAAAACAGUGAACUGAAAUUAACUGGUCAUAUUUGCACAUUGAUACCUGGCAGUUAAUAUACUCUGACAAAUAUUCAUUUAGUUGUUUUUUUUUUUCUUUACACAACUCAGUCUGUGAUUAAGUGCAAGAACUUUGAUGCCUAAAAUGUGAGCGCAUGUGGAGAUUGGCACGAUGACAGAUCCAGUUUUAUUCACUGCUAAUACGAACUGGUAUGCGUCUGACAAGUGUUCAUUGUCACACCUGUGCAAUUCAUCGCUUGUGUCAGUUAUGCAUGCAACGACUUCACCACAGUCAGGCAGGUAAUGUCUACUUGUAGUAAUUAUGCAAUUUAUGCUGUAUUACAAGUAUGUAUCAUAUUCAUUGCUAUAUAUUUAAUAACUGAAGGUGCUUUUUUCUGUAUUUUUGUAUAUGCAAGAUGCCUUAUUACCUUUUAAUAGUAUGUAUGCAUUCAUCUGUCUCUCCGCCCAGUAAUAUAAUGUAGCAUUUUUUUGUACUGGUGUAAGCUUUUUUUUAUUGAAUAAAUAUUUUCUAUAUUUA